AUCAUACCAAAUUUUAAAAUACUGUAUUGCAUCAUACCUACCAUGUACAACCCUACUUUUACGUCUCCAAAGUCCGAACAAUCCACGCACAACCUUACUUCCUCCUGAAAGCUAGUGUAGCAAACGCUAAUUUUGAAAUCCAUAUGGUUCGAUCCGUUUUCAAAUCGUUUCUGCAUCUUCCGAAAUGUAUCACUAACAUGUCCAUAUUAACACCUCGCCCCCAUUCAAUCUCCAUUCCUAGCACAUACCCAAUUCCAAGACCAGUUGGCAACUCAAUUUUUUCUGUACAAUUUGAAGAAUUUGGGUCGGCUAAAUACAGCACCAGUGCAUUCAACAAAAGCAAUGGAAGUGUCGAUACGGGUACCGGUGGAAAAGAGUACUUGUUGAUGUCGGAUGAGGAGUUGAUGAGGCAGUGUGAAAUGAGUACAUUCAAGGCUUCAGGUCCUGGUGGACAGCACCGCAACAAGCGUGAAUCUGCUGUGCGUUUGAAGCAUAACCCAACUGGGAUUGUUUCUCAGGCGGUGGAGGAUAGAUCCCAGCACAUGAAUCGUGCCUCUGCUUUAUCUCGUUUGCGAGCCUUGCUGGCUCUUAAAGUUAGGAACAACUUAGAUCUUGAAACAUAUACACCUCCUCAAGAGCUGCUUCAAAUUCUUCCUGCUAAAUCAACAAUCAGGGGAUCAAAUUGUGGCCCUCAAAUUGGACCAAACAAUUCUAAGUUUGUUUUGGGAAUGCAAGCUUUAUUGGACCUACUUUUUGCGGUUGAGGGUUCAGUAUCAGAUGCCGCAAAGAAGUUGGGGUUGAGCACAGGGGCUUUAUCAAGGUUGCUAUUAUCUGAUGAUAAUCUCAGAAUGGCUGUGAAUGAGUUCAGAGUAUCCAAGAGAUAUAGACAUCAGCCUGAAAGUGGAAGAAGGGCAUGUAAGGCGGAGUUGAAAUAUCAUUCUAGCCUUCUCCUCCAUGAAACAGAUCUUACUACACUCAGCUUAUCUUCAUGCUGGAGAGACACGGUACUGUCUGGGGGUUUAAUGGAUUCUUAAGAUGAGUAAUGGCUUAUCAGCCUUACGUCCUUUGGCAUUCUAUCAUAAAGUUGAACUUUGUUAUACUUGUGUUCUCAGGCAUUACAUCAUAAUGUUUGAUUGUGUCAUAGUAGCAGAUCCUAGCACAGCCAGCAAUCUUUUAAAACCCUCUAAUCUCUGAACUUUUCAAGAAUUGAUAGCAUUUUUUAUAUAUUACUUACAUGUGUUUUUGGGUAGAUUCUUAUAGUACAUUUAGGUGCAAUCUACCCAUGAAGGAUUGUCCAAAGCUGCUCAGAGAAAAUUUCUCACAGUUAAAUACUCCCUCUAUUUCAAAAAGAAUGACCUGUUUUCCUUUUUAGUCCGUUUCAAAAAGAAUUAUCCUUUCCUUUUUUGACAAUACUUUAAUUUCAACUUUGCCCAUAACAUGUUUAGGAACACACGAUUAAAAGUCAUUCUAGUACAUUAGACACAACUUUAAUCUAAAGCCACAAGAUUCAAAAGGUUCUUUAUUUUCUUAAACUUUGUGUCAACUCAAAGUAGGUCAUUCUUUUUGAAACGGAGGGAGUACUAUUUUAUGAGAGACUUGAAAAGUGUCAUGACUAUGAAAAGGAAAGACGCAGACAGUAAUAAACCAUAUAACGGAUUGUGCGUUAUCCUUCUUUUUAAAAAAAGUAAGUUUAAGUUUCACUUAAUAACUGUUAUAACUUAAGUAAUAUAACCAUUCUCAUAUUCCCCAUAUGCUACCUCAUACAAAAGGGAGGAAGUGACAACUACUGAUUUCUCACAAUCGGAUGUGGUAUAAAGGGGUUCCAAACUCAUAUUAGGAGUUUCAAUAAGUGGAGAGUUGGCAAAUAUAGAGUGGGAAUAAAGAUCGGUGGAGGUAGUUUUUUCCAGCACCAAAAGUAGUACGGGAAAUUGAUGAUCAAGAUGGGUUUAUGGCAACAAGUUGAAGGGAAUAAAGCGGAUAGGUGAGUGGAUUAAGGUGCUCUUGCAUUCAAAAGGCUGUGUAGAGGUGCACUAAUCAAACCGAGUAGGGCUGGCUUAAGUUGAAGAUAUGGGACUUGGGUGGAAAGGAAACCCGAGAAAUUGUGAUUCAAGGUGGAAGACAGAUGACCACACCAAUAAAAAGAAGGUUAACUGUUGAAUCUACUUCAAGUGACCAAACCAAAAAAGGCGAAACGAAGUUAAAAUGGGAACCAAAAAUCUAGUAAUUGAAUAAAAAUGCUCUUUUUAAUGUUUCCACCACUUCAUAAGAUUCUAUUAAAAACAUCCAAGGGUGUGCUUUAAUGGUUAAUGAAAUGAGUGGAGAACCAUCAGAUUUCAGGUUUCAAUCCUAGCAGAGGCAAACUACUAGGUGAUUUCUUCCCAUAUGUCCAAGCUUUGGUGGACAGAGUUACCCUACUUGCGUUCGUGGGAGGUAGAAGAUGUGAAAUUAGUCGAGGUGCACACAAACUGAACCCAUGCAACGGUUAUUAAAAAAGAAAGAUUCUAUUUCAGUGUCGAAAUUUAGUACACUUCCAAAUCUUGAAAAUUGAAGAAUAAUAAGUUUUUACUUCUAGUCAUCGACACACUUCAUAAGUUCCCAUUUCAACAUCGCAAUUGAACAAAGGUAGUGGCAUCACAUGCUUUUCUUGCUGAAAAUUUGUUAUGUUACUGUGUAGGGUAUGAAGCCUUUGAAAUAGGACUCAUUCGUGAAGUUGUCAUCCUCGGGGUACUAUUUCUCUUCACUUCCAUUCGCAAUAUCAAGCUACAGGAUAUGGGUGCUGGUGGUUUCCGGUCAUACGGUUGAAUAAAAAUGUCUGCGUAGUUACAGUUCAGAAAACAAGUGGUGCUGGCGAUAUUGACUAUGCUUUGGCAUUAGACUUGCUUCUUUGUUUCUCAAGCAAUACAAAUGGUGGCUGGAAAAGUCCAGCAAGAUUUCAUUGUGAAUCCCUUUUUCUUCCUGUUUUCGUUGGUUCUAUGUUAGUUUACAUUGUGGAUUAAUUACUGAUUAGGGUGAUAUGUAAUGGAUAAAGUGAUAGAUGGUAUAUAUUUGAGAUAGCUGCCAGGAAUUAGUUACUGAUUA